ACUCUAGCCUGUCGGACAGGUUGAGCUAGAGUUUCGGAGAGUAGGAGGGAGGGAGGCGGCGAGCGGGAAGAGGAAGAAGAUUCUGGCGGCGCGAGGCGAGCACCGGGGAGCGUGGAGAGGAGAGCCCGAGCGGCCAGGCUGCGGGAGCGCACCGCGCCCGCAAGACCUCGAGGGGCUGCCCCUGCGUGCACGCCCGGGCGCUUCCGCUAGGGGGCGACAGUGCCCCGCUCCUGCGUCCCUGCUACCCUUCUGACCCCUGGGACUGAUGAAGACACAUCUUUUAGGAAUUAAGUCUGACCGCCUUGAGGCGAGGGGACGUGCGCAGGCAAAGGUUGCCCAAUUUGGCAGAGUCUUUUCAUUCCUUCUCUACACCGGGAUGUGUGAGAACCUUGACCGUGGCCGGUCCGGAAGACCUCACUUCCAAAGGCGCAGAAGGCACGGGCUUGACUAGCAAGGAUCACAGCUCCCGGUCCCGCGUGUUGGCGCCCGAGCCUCUCUGGACGACUUUACCUAUCAGGCCUUACCUUGGGAGUGUCACUUCCGCGGCGUUGCCGCCUCUUAAGGGGGAUGAUCCUUAGGGCGGGGGAAACGUGCCCUUCGUCGGCGUUGCGUAUUAUCCGCGCCGACUGUUCUUGGCGCGCCGCGGCAUGGGAGGAGGGUUGAUGAGCAAGGGCGCUUUGCGCCGAGGCCGCCGCACGCCGACCCCCGGCGGCACCGGCUACCGUGCCGUGGCCCGGAACGCGCCCUUGGCACCUCCAAGCGCCGCCAGCGACGAAGCACGGGAGCCUUCGCCAGUGUGCUUGAAGGACUCGCUCUCUCAGGAUCGCCACGACGCGAGCAGUAAUGGGAACCCUCGCAUCCCUCACCUCUCAUCUGCGGGACAGCAUCUCUACAGUCCCGCGCCGCCUCUCUCGCACACCGGGGUUGCAGAGUACCAGCCGCCUCCUUACUUCCCGCCGCCCUACCAGCAGUUGGCAUACUCGCAAUCCGCCGAUCAUUACUCGCACUUGGGAGAGGCUUACGCUGCCGCCAUCAACCCCUUGCACCAGCCUGCGCCCACCGGCAGCCAGCAACAGGCCUGGCCAGGUCGACAGAGUCAGGAGGGCUCUAGCCUGGCUUCGCACCACGGCCGCUCUGCAGGUCUUAUACCCCAUAUUUCAGGGCUGGAGGGGAGCGCGGUGAGUUCCCGGCGGGAAGCCUACCGCCGUUCCGAUCUGCUGCUGCCUCACGCGCACGCCCUGGAAGCCGCCGGCCUGGCUGAGAACCUAGGGCUGCACGAGAUGGCUCACCCCAUUGAGGAGGUGCAGAACGUGGACGACCCGCAUCUGCUUCUACACGAUCAGACUGUCAUUCGCAAAGGACCCAUUUCAAUGACCAAGAACCCUCUGGGCCUCCCUUGCCAGAAGGACCUAGUUGGAGCGGUCAUGAACCCCAGCGAGGUCUUCUGCUCCGUUCCUGGAAGACUCUCCCUGUUGAGCUCCACCUCGAAGUACAAAGUAACCGUGGCUGAGGUACAGAGGCGACUGUCACCACCGGAAUGCUUGAAUGCCUCGCUCCUGGGAGGCGUGCUCAGAAGAGCGAAAUCCAAAAAUGGAGGCCGGUCCUUGAGGGAGAAGUUGGACAAAAUUGGGCUGAACCUUCCAGCUGGGAGACGGAAAGCCGCCCAUGUCACUCUCCUCACAUCUCUCGUGGAAGGCGAGGCCGUCCACCUAGCCCGGGACUUUGCCUACGUCUGCGAAGCUGAGUUUCCCAGUAAAGCAGUGGCUGACUAUUUAACCAGACCGCAUCUUGGGGGACGGAACGAGAUGGCCGCUAGGAAGAGUGUGUUGUUGGCAGCACAGCAAGUGUGCAAGGAGUUCACUGACCUCCUCCAUCAAGACCGAACGCCCAACGGGAACAGCAGGCCCACCCCGGUCUUGGAGACGAACAUACAAAACUGCUUGUCUCAUUUCAGCCUGAUAACUCAUGGCUUUGGCAGCCAGGCCAUCUGCGCAGCGGUCUCUGCUGUGCAGAAUUAUAUCAAGGAGGCCCUAAUCACCAUCGACAAGUCCUACAUGAACCCGGGAGAGCAGAGUCCGGCUGAUUCCAACAAGACGAUGGAGAAAAUGGAAAAGCACCGGAAGUAAAGUGGGAUCGAGGAGGCCAGAAAGCGGAAGGAGAGAGGACCCAAGCCCCCUCCACUGGGGCAGCCUGGGAAGCCCUCAUCGGGGCGGUUACCACCCACCUCACUUUGGACCUCUGCCCUCUUGGAGUCUUUGUGACUUUUCCAUUUAACCCUGGACAUGCUAUCCCGAAGCUACUUGGUUUGGUUCUUUUAUUCAUUAAACAUUGUUUUUUUGGAAAUCCGUUCCCUCUCUGAAAGGUGCUAUGAGUUUUGGAACCCCUUUGUGAAAACUCCCGGGUCUGACAGAAACUCCACGCUUAGCUGCUGACGUAGCAGGUGCAUGGGAGGAAGAUAAAGGGAUCGAUCAAUCAUAAAAAAUAACUUAUUUCUUUUUCAGUGUUUAGAUAAUGGCUGGCUUUUAUGUCCACUAAGAUAUUUAUCUAAAAAAAAAUAUUAGUAUUUAUCUAGCUUUCCCUACCUCCUCAGCGAUCACACCUUCUGGUAGGAGGCAAAGGUCAGAUGUUCUAAGCAGCCACUUACCAGUGCUAUGUGACAGCCUUCCAGCCCCUCAUUCAAAAAAGGAGUCCCCUGUUUUUAAGGAACUUUAAAGCAAAACCUGCUGCUUGUUCCCUGUGUUUCCUUCCUCUUUAAGAAAGAAAUAUUGAAAUAUUGAAAGUUUAAGAUUCUUUAGAUAGUAGAAUUUUUUUUAAAUGGUCCUGUUCCUUUAAGGUAUAGAAGUUUUAUUUGCAUAUUUAUUUUCAUAUCUUGGUUUUUUUUCCCACGUAAACUUGAAGAGGGUAGGCACACAGCAGCGCCUGUCAUCCCCAAGUCCCCGAGGAGGCUCCGCGUUGAGAAACUGUUGAGUGUACAGAUUUUAUUUAUGCAUAAUUUAAUGGGAUCUGUAAAUACUUCUUAAGACAUUUUGAGAAAUGGGAUUCGAUUUUAAUAUUAACUUUUAAUGGGUGAUGGGUAACGUAGCCCCUCUAGAUUUCACGCGAAUGCACACAGGGUACAGAGGCUGAAGAUGAAGCUGGGCUUUUUUCUCUUGGCUGGUCAAGUGUUAUUUAACUGGAGCUGUUCAGGAAGCAACACACAUCUCAUUCCCGCAGGCUGAACCAGAAGAGUAGAGAACAGUUUGUGUGGGUGAAGUGUGGAUUGGGAUUGAACCUCUAUGCCUGUCCGUGCUCCUUAAAUAAUUGUGUGUAUGAUACCUGUGUAAUAAAAAAUAUUCUCGAUAGAACCUC